AUGGCUCGCAUAAAGGUCAUUAACUUGCGUGUUGAGAAUUACCAAGAAUUUUCAGUUAUCAACGAGGAGAGGCCUCGCAUUUCUUGGUCAUUUGAAGGUCUUGAAAAAAGAUGGGGACAACAUGCUUAUGAGAUUUCCUUGUGUUGUGAUCAUCCCAGCAAGACCAAAACGUACUUGGUCGUAUCCUCACAGUCACUUUAUAUACCAUGGCCAUUCCGACGGCUAGAAUCGCGAGAGCUCGUAACACUUCAAGUUCGGGCGCAGUCCCAAGAUUUGGCGUGGACGUCGUGGUCGGCUCCUCUGCACAUCGAGGUUGGAUUGCUCAAAAGCACCGACUGGCACUGCACCUUGAUUCAACCCUCAACUGACCGGGACUUGUCCAAGUCAGUUCAACCCGUGCGCUUUAGAGAAGAAUUUCACCUCAAAGAGGCGCCGCAACAGGCUCGGUUGUACAUCACCGCACACGGUCUGUAUGAGAGCUUCGUCAACGGGACCAGGAUCGGAGACCACGUGCUCGCGCCUGGCUGGACAUCUUACGACCAUCAAUUGUCACACCAGACCUUUGAUAUCCUAGCACAGCUAAAGAGUGGAGAAAAUGUCAUCGCCGCCGAGGUUGCUGAGGGCUGGUAUUGUGGCAGGCUGGGCUUUGGAGGCGGGGAGAGGAAUAUCUGGGGCGCUUCAAUCGGCCUGUUUGCUCAGAUUCUCAUCACAUAUAACGACGGAAGCACAGAGGUUGUUGGGAUAGACAGUAGCUGGAAAUGGAGCAACGACCCCUUGCUUCAAGCCGAGAUUUACGAUGGUGAAUUAUACGAUUCAAGACUGGAAGACCCUGGAUGGAACGAGCCUCGUUUCACGUUCCAUGGAUUUCGCUACGUGCAGAUCACUGGCUACGACUUUGAUGAGGUCGACCUGAACAACUUCCACGCUGUCGUCAUUCACACAGACAUGCUCCGAACUGGAUGGUUUGAGUGUUCGGAUGACACGUUGAACAAGCUGCAUGAGAAUGUAGUUUGGUCUAUGAGGGGGAACUUCAUCUCAGUUCCUACAGACUGUCCCCAAAGAGAUGAGCGCCUUGGAUGGACUGGGGAUCUACAAGCCACCGGUGUUGGCUUUGGAGUCUGGGAGUACCCAAAGAAUACAACGAGAAUGGUGACUCAAGCAUGUGAGGACUCAAAGCCCAUCAUCGUGGUUAGCAUCCACUAUCGACUUCAUUUCCUGGGAUUCCUAGCGUGUCAAGAUCUCGUCGACGAAGCCGCAAAGCUCAACAAAGACCCCUGCAACUUUGCAUUAUACGACCAACGUCUUGCCUUCCAAUGGGUCCAAAAGUUCAUUUCGGGGUUUGGCGGCGACAUCAACAGGAUCACCGCAUUCGGUGAAAGCGCUGGCAGUUCCUCACUUGCCUUCCACCUGACCUCCAACGUCCCCCUCUUCGAUCGAGCCAUUCUUCAAUCCGGGACGGCCUCUGCAAUCAGUCCUAAGGCCAUCGCGACCAAGGAAGAGGAUCGGGAUGAUCCUCAGCGCCUCGAGAAGCUCAGAGCUGUGCCAACCGCCAAGAUUGUCGAGGCAGCCUCGUCUAUCAAUAAGGCAGCCUUUUCACCACUGGCCGACAAAAGCUUCUUUCCAAUUAUUCCCAAUUACCUCAGCCAUGCAAAGAUGAUAUCUGAAUGCUCUUGGGUAAAUGCUGUCAUCACGGGUGAUACAGUCUUUGAGGGCUAUCUAUUUGCGCACAACCUUAUGGACGUGCGGCCUGAGGUCUUUUACCAACAGGUGGAAGAUGCCCUUGGAGCAGAGAAUGCAAAGAGAGUGUUACAGAGUGGCAAGAAACAAUAUCGCUGCAUUCUCUCCCUGCGUAAUCCCUUCCCCGGUUCCUUCUACUCCAACAUCCUUGGCCACCAUUUCAUCGAACUUAUCUACCAAUUCAUGACCUUCAUGGAGCGCUUACCUCUCCAGAGGCAGCGCGAUGUCUGCGUCGGUUUUGUGCGACGAUGGACGGCCUUUGCCCAUGGAGAAGAGCCUUGGUCUGAGUAUACAUAG